AUGCGCUACUUGGAAAAUGAAAAGCAGCAACUAUCGGCCUGGAAGGGUAGCAGGAAAUUCAUUCCCUGCAAAGGGCUGAGGCGUCAGAUCGAGGUCAAGGUACAGAAUGAGCUGGCGGAUAACCCGCUACACACUCAAACGAGGAGCACCCGAGUUGAGGGAAACCCCAUCCUUACAAGGACAGCUUUGGCAGCAAGUCACGGAAUCAUAAACGGAAUGACUACAAGAGCAACCAGAACAGCAAUCUUGGAAGAACCGAAAGAGAAAACUGAGGCGUUAAAGAAUACAUCCCCGGUGAAAACGCCGGAUGGGGAAAACAAAGCAGAUCCGGCGCCGGAAGGAAAAGGUACGGGAAACCAACAGCUGCAUUCCUAUGUGAACGCCCGCUCUUACGAAGGCUGGAUUGACGAAGCGGUGGAGGAUUACUCCCGCAAAGGCGGCUUUAAAGAUUUGCCGGGUGCGGGCAAACCGCUUGUGAUCGACGAUGACGACGAUUUGUAUAAGCGGACGGUCAAAAAUUCGAAUUAUAUUCCUUCUUGGCUGGAGCAGCGGAAGCAAAUCGCCGAACGGAUGAAAGGGCUUAUAGAACGCGGGGAAACCGGAGACGCACUGGUCGUUGUUUAA